AUGCAGCAUGAGGCCGAAUUAAAGAGUAAAAGUAAUAUAUUCAUUAUUAUUAGUUUAAGUAAUCAAGAUGGUAGCGAACAUAACCUACGCCUACCAGGAUGUAGUAGAAAUGAUAAUCAGGAUCUGCAUGUAUUUUGUGUCGUUGGAAAUCGUGACAAAACGCUCUUUGUUGCCGUUACCUCAUCUAUUUUUUACGUAUAUUUAGCUCACCCUCAGCUGUUGUUGUGUUCAUUCAGACGAUCUGAAGAAGAUGUGAGAGAAAGGGGCGAAUAUCGAAAAGUUUAUUGGCGGCAUGACUCCUCUGCAAUUUGUUUCACGACUUCGAAAAAUUUCUUAUUGCUGUAUCGAUUAGAUGUAUCAUCCGACAAACAGUCUUUCAAUUUAACUGAACCGCGUGAGGAACACUUAAGGCGUACAUCGCAAGAGUUAUUUAUUCAUGAAAAGAAACCAAAAACUGCAGCAUACUUGUCAGUUGUUGCACGACUUGACAGUUCAGCGACAUGCAUCGUGCCUUUCCGAGAUGACUUAUUUGUUUGUUUACAAGACGGCUGGUUGCAUCGCAUAUCAUGGGGAGGUGUUGUUGAUAAAAAUUUUUCGUUUCACUUAUUCGACGUUCCAUUUGCUGUCGAUCAGCUGCAGUCUAAAACUGAACAUGUGCAAGAAUUGGGCACACAUGUUGUUGACAUGGCGUAUGCUCCUCUUAUUGGUGGAUUUUGUGUAGUACUUUCUAAUGGUACUGCUGCUUUGCUGACGUCUCCUUCUUCCAGGUUUCUUCCAAAGGAAUUGCUAGGAAUAUGGGCAGUACAGUUGAGCGAUGCUGUUUGUACCGCUGCAAACCACAAAUAUCGACUGGUUGUUUAUGGCUGUAAAAACGGUGAUAUUGCUGCUUUCCACUUAGACGAUGUUAACGGUUCUUUAACACACACAUUUCGCGUAUCGCUUCAAGUCAAGAAUGGACCAGAAUUAUUGAAUCGAAUGGGUCAAGUGCGACAUGUGGAAUGUUAUGCACAGGGAACAGCACUAGUAGCCAUCUGGUCGCCGUUAUUAUGCGAUAGUGGAUAUGCAAGUAGUUCGAAUACAGUACCUAUUGUGGCUAUAUUUAGCUCAUUCGGUACUCAAUUAUGGUGCUCUCUCGAAUCUUCAAGUGAUAGGAGUAUCUGUGCUGCCGGUUCGUGUCACUGGAUUGAUUGGGGUCCAGAAGGAUUUAGCUUAUGGUUGGCUACUGAUACCGGAUUACGUGUAUUGCCUAUUGCCCAUUCUGUGAAUUCAAGUGGUGUAGAAAGUACAGAUAGGAUUAUUUUUCUUUCAAGCAGUCAUAUCUAUCUGGGUGCUGCAAAAGAGCGAGAACAAAGUGUUAACGCUCCUCACAGCAUUUGGCAUGUACUUUCAGUACCGAAUAAUUAUUUAUCAUUCAAUUGGCCUAUUAGAUUAGUUGAAAUGGAUGAUCACGGACAAUGGCUUGUCGUUGCGGGUGCUCGAGGUUUCAUUCAUUAUAAUUUAAUGACACGUAAAUGGCGCAUGUUUGGUAAUGAAUCACAGGAAAAAGAUAUGUUGGUCACCGGUGGAAUGACUAUUUGGGGAGGAUAUGUGGUGAUUGCCUGUUACGAUAUUGAUCGUUCAAAGGAGGAAUUACGGUUUUACCCACUGGAAAAUCAGUUAAACAAUCAGUUUUGCAUAAGACAUUCAGUUAAUUCAAGAAUGCUUCUUUUAAAUCGUCGACAAAACAAACUGAUAACAUUUGAUGUGGAUUCAUGCAUAUUUAUCUUCACUCUCUUUCUUGAAAAGAAUUCCAAGAAUGUGCAGUCAGUGAUCCAAAUAGACAGAUGUGCAGAAAUACGUGUUCAGGAUAUAGUGCCGCAUGCAGCUUGUGUUCUGUCCGUUGAACCAGCAUCUUUAAAUCAUGAUUCUCAAAUAAAAUUUUGUGAUGGUGUAGACACGGUUUUCAUAAAUGUUUGUGGAAGAUUGAUAAUGUUGAAUCCUGUGAAACGCGAUAAUGUUGGGAGUGAUUCGUCGGAUGAUGAUGGAGCUUCUUUCCAGUUAAGUCGGCCUAUGUUAAUUGCAUCAUAUGUAGAACAAAUUUGGCAUGAUGCUGCUGAUGAAGCCGACUAUCAUAAGCCACAUUUAACACAUGCACUCUGGCUGAAUUGUGGAGCGAAAGGAAUGAAGGUUUGGAUGCCGUUAUUUACUGUCCGACAGACCAAUGAUACUAACUAUAAUUCGUGCCAUUCAUUUAUCAGUAAACGUAUUAUGUUACCUUUCGAAUUGGAUAUCGCUCCACUUGUUAUAUGCAGUCGAGAUUGCUUAGCAGUUGGUGUGGAAAGUUGUCCAACAUAUUCGGAUGAAAAAGAGUCUAUGAGGCAUUUGCCAAUAUAUAAUUUGCAUCGUAAAAGCGAGGCAAUAAUUGUUGAUGCGGUUUUCCAGGUUUUCCUUCAUCAUCUAUUACGUCAACUUCUGAAACGAAAUCUCGGUGUGUAUGCAUUGGAAAUUGCUGCUACUUGUAAUCGAUUACCGUAUUUUGGUCACGUACUGGAGCUGUUAUUGCAUAAUGUGCUAGAGGAAGAAGCAACUUCUUCAGAACCAAUACCAGAUCCACUGCUACCUCGUGUGGUAGCUUUUAUCCAAGAAUUUCCAAAUUAUCUACAAACAAUCGCUCAUUGCGCUCGGAAAACUGAACUAGCUCUUUGGCCUGCUUUGUUCGCUGUGACAGGUCAUCCACGUGAGCUUUUUGAGAAAUGCAUCAGUGAUGGACAACUUGAGAAUGCAGUCAGCUUUCUCAUCAUUCUGCAAAACAUGGAAAGCAGUGCAGCUAGUCAGGAGCAUGCAACAGUAUUGUUGGAAGAAGCCCUUUCGAAACGGCAGUGGUUGACAGCACGCGAUAUUGUUCGCUUUCUUCGUGCUAUUGAUCCUUCCGAUAUCGAUGAUCCGUCGCGAACUCCACCGUGUCAGAAACCACAUCGCAACGUAGUCAAUGUAGUAUCACGGAUUCCGACGCGCAUGUCUACAAAUGACAGUGAAGAGACAGAUUCAUUCGUUUUUGGAAGCUAUACUGGACCAGGAAUGAUAAAAAGACCGAGGCCGUCACAACAAGAUGGUGGAUGCAGUAGCCCGUCCGGGCGAAAAGAUUCAGCUGGAAAGAAAGCUUCGAAAACAGGUUCUUUUGAUGCACCCUUAAGUCCGAGAAAUGUCAGUGCUUCAAUGACGACAUAUCUUGAUGAUGUGUUGGACCAACAUGCCGUUCAUUUAUUGGAAGAUUGCAGUAUUCAGGAUUUAGGUGCAUUCGCCGCAUAUUUCGAUUUCAAUUUAGUAAGUUGGCUUCGAAUACAGCGGCACAGUAUAGCACGAAUUAAUGAUUUUCCAUUAGCUUUAAUGCGACUGCAUGCACAGUUCAAAUGGCCUUAUCCAUUGGUCAGUCAAAGUAUUGUAGAACAAUUAACGAAGAAAAUUGAAGGCAUUAAAAUUUCGCCAAGUGCUGCAUCGCUGGCUAGUUUACAGUCGCUGUCAACAGCCAAUAGUAAUGCUUCGCUAAAUACCGAGGAACAGCACCGAAGCGCAUCGGUUGCUUCUGCGGAUUCAAAUUCCGUAUCCAUCGACGAUAAAGAAGAUAGAAAAGAACCACUAUCUAUGUGUAGGCAAUCCAUGUUAAGUAUGGCUUCCGCAGAAAGUCGUUCAAAUUCGUGCAGUGAUUGGGAAGGUUUUGAAAAAAUAUGUGGUGAAGUUGCUGCACGCGGAUCGCAAGAAAGUGAAUUAGAGUUGAAAUACAUGUUGGAUGUUAUGUACGAAGCUGGCUACGCCAGUUGGACAUUGUUGCUAUGCUUGUUACGACGUGAUCUAUCAUUUCUUAGUAAGCAUUUCUCAAAGAGUUUUGUGCAAAGCUGUGGUCCAGAUACCAUGAACGAAUUGCAUAAAGGAUUGGAGCAGCUGCAGAAUUGGGCUUCAGUUAGUUGUUUCGGAUACCGAACUCUAAUCGAUGCAUACAAGAGACAUCUGUUAGUAAUUGGAGAGAGAAGUGUGGAACAUGUGGUUGCGAAAGCAUCAUCUGUCGUACCUGAUUAUUGUAGCAGCAGAUUGUCAUCAAUCAACAAUUCACAUGCGGGAAUGAAUGGAAUUUCUGAAUUAGGGGGAGAAAUAUUUCCAAUCAUUGAGCAAAAAAUAUCGCCCACAUCAGGAUGUUCUUUUGUACCGGACGGCCACAUAGAACCAAAUGGUAUUAUACAAAAAAUUAAUUCCGUGCCACCUCAUCAAUUACCAACAGCAGCAGCGAUGAAUUUAAUAAAGACGACGUUUACUCCACCACGAGAAAACGGCGAAAUUAGUAAUGGUUAUGUUGACAUAGAUAGCUGUUCGGUAGUAAGUGAUACGACGAUUGUUGGACGUGAACAAUGUAAUUUGAUGUAA